UUUGCCCCUCACCUGUUGCCACUCGUCUGCAAAUUCUGGUCCAAUCUACAGGUUAGCAGAAGACUCUCUUAUGAUGUGCUCCUUAAUCGUGUCAGCAGCCCUUCUGCUGGUUAUCCUCUGGGAGGGUCGUGUGCAGUGCGACUUCUCAUCUGGCGGUGGAGAUGUGUCUGACUCCAUCCCACUCCUCGCAUCUGGAAAGCGUCAGCAUAACAUCAUGAGAUUCGGCAAGCGUCCAGCAUCUGGUCACAGUCUCAUUCACUUCGGAAAGAGAGAUGAGCAAAGCGGCAACAAGGGACACAGCUUCCUGUACUUCGGCAAACGCGCUGAAGGCGACUCUUCCAUCUGGGAUUACUUGGGACCCAACAGAGAUCCAUCCUACAAGCGAGGUCACGCCAUCAUGCGUUUCGGAAAGCGUGGACCAGACAGUCACAGCUUCAUCCGCUUCGGCCGCGACGCCUUCAGUGCUGAAGAAAGCAAUGAAGAGGACAAACGAAGCAACGGCCAUGCCAUGAUGUACUUCGGAAAAAGGGGAAACGGACAUUCUAUGAUGUACUUCGGAAAACGAGAUGACGCAUCAGAUGAUUAUCAAGGUAGUUACGGAGAUAAACGAGCUCAUGCUAUGAUUCACUUCGGCAAACGGGAAGAUGAUGAUGGUGCUUGGGAGGGAAAACGUGCCCACUCCAUGAUCCAUUUCGGCAAAAGGGAUUCAGAUGGCCCCAGGAAGAGUGGUUCUCAUGCCAUGAUUCAUUUCGGGAAACGAGAUCUUGAUGACGAAUUAGAUGAAAUCGAAGCAGCUGAGCAAGGUUACUGGAGUCCAGAGAUGAUGGAAGCUAAGCGCCAACACAACCUUCUUCGAUUUGGGAAGAAAGACCGUAAGGGAUCCCAUGCCAUGAUCCACUUCGGUAAGAGAGACAUCGACGAAGACAAACGUGCCCAUGCCAUGAUUCAUUUCGGAAAAAGGUCUGCUGAUGACGCUUUGCAAGGAAAUCAGUCUAACAAGGGGUUGAGUCGAGUGAAGAGAGAGGCCGGGCACCCACAGGAGCUGACCCUGGUUCGAUAUGAAGAUCCCGAGGAAGACGUGAUUUCAUCUGAGGAAAACAUAAGGGGCCCAGGUCUGUACGGUCCUGAAUUUUGGAACCCAAUAGAGCAGCAACGCCCUGAAGAAGAAUGGGAUCCGAAUUACAUGGAAUACAGCCACCCUGAUAAGAAGGAUGGCUCUAAGAAUGUUUUUCUACGAUUCGGUUAAGGAAAUGAAUCUUUUAUCUGUUUCAUUAACCAAAGAAUAAUACCUUUUUUUUGUGUGUCAAUUUGAAUGUCCCACAGCGUCGGUUUAAAAUGAUUCUCUUUACGCGUCAUGGACUGAGGCAAUUCAGAGCUUCAUAAAAUGCAUAUCGUCUUCUCUUCUGUACAUAACGGAAAAACGAAAAAGAGCGGAGGAAAAAAUGUGUUUCUUAAAGCUCGUCGUAUCUAUUUUCGAGGAGUUGUGUUUUAAAAUUCUUUGAGACGCCUGUGAAUCCGUUUCGAUAAUCAAAAAUAAAAAAAGAAAGUAAUUAGAAAAUUGUCAACUGCUUAUCCCAUUAUAUAUAUAUAUAUAUAUAUAUAUAUAUGUCUCGAAUUCUAUUUGUGAAUGGAUGUCAAAGAAUUUAUCAGCUUCAAUUGUAUGGUUUAAAUCAAUAAAGACUA